AUGAUGAGUGUGCUUAGAUAGGUGAAAGAACUAUUAAAAGAAAAGAGUGAGAUAUAAUAAAAAUUAGAUACAUUAGAAGUAAUUUAAAGUGAGAUUAUAAUAGAAAGAAGGUAACAACCAUUCCUUCGAAGAAAGAAAGAAGAGAUAAAGGAGUUUGGCUAGUGAAGUCUAACGCAAUUUUGAAUGUCCUAUAAAUAUGUGUGGUAAGAAAUAUGGGUAUGAUGGAUUAUAAUUAGUAUAUUAGUAGUGAAGGUUCCUUGAAUUAGCAUGUCAAACUAAAACAUCCUGAACUAGUUAAUAAAAGUUGA